UCAAAGACUAGCAUGGCAUAAGUAAGAAUGGUGCUCAAGUUCUCUGUCCUGUAUCCACAUCUCAGAAUGCAUCAUUGAAUCAAUCAGUGUGGACAUGGCCUUGUGUCUGGCAAUGCCAAGUUAACCCCUGGUCUGUCUGUCCACAGUAAGGAAACUCUUCAGCAAAACCAGCAGGAAUUAUGCUUGGGUAGGUGAGCCAAUGACUCAGGGAGACAGUGUCUCUGGAUGGCUCAAUUGCUCCUAAGAGUCUGACCCCUAGCUGGGCCAAUCCUCAGCUCUGAGCUCAUUGUCCCUGAUUUGUCUGCCCAUGUGGUUUUAGUCAGCUUGCAGAAUCACCCUCAUGAUGAUGGAAAAUUUUCAAGGACCUGACACCCCCAGAGUAGGCCUGGAAAAGAGCAAAAGAGAUGUCCUAAGGCAUACCAAGAAGGCAUGGACACCACUGGAUGGACAUCUUCUUCCUGGCUCUGAGGAGGAAAACCCAAUGGUCACUAUGCACAUGCAAGAAAAUUCUAAACAGGAAAGUAUCCAGCAGUGGCUGGACUCCGGAUUCUUCGUCUCUGUAAGUGAAAACUUCCAGCAAGCCAUCAACCAUUCCGCUUCUUUGCAUGAACAAGGAAUGGUUCAAAUGACUGUGAAAGACUACAUGAGAUCUCUGCACCACUUCUCAGAGACUCCUACUCUGUCCAGAGGGACGAGUUUCAACUCUUGCUAUUCCACCACAGGUCUCCCCCAAAGCAUUCCUGAAUGGCUGAAAUUUUGGGAAGAAGAUCCAGUGGAGAUUCUCUUGGAUCUGGGGUUUGGUGCUGAUGAGCCAGACAUCUGCACGCAAAUUCCAGCCAGGUUCCUUGGUUGCAGCUCAGCAGCCAAAGGAAUUAACAUCCAUGUUUUUCUUGAAGCACAGAAGCAGCGGAUGGACUUUGAGAAUCCUGACUUGUAUGGCCGGUUCCAACAGUUGGAAAUCCUGGAUCACGUGACCAACACCUUCUCGUCUUUGCUGAACGGUGUUCAUAUCCUACAGAGCCAGGAUGAAGAUAAAGCUGAAAGACCAGACAUGCAAAGCCCCUCAUCAAGUGGAGCUAAAGACCAUCGGAGAAGAAUGAGUCGCCUUUUAAGGAGAGCUUCAAGACAGUGCAGCAGGAGGGAUGGUAACCCAGAGCCGUCAGAAUCAUUCAAUAAAGAACAUGGGAUUUCAACUCUGCCAACCAAGCCAUGGCAUCAUAGAGUAGAGCGAAAGGUGGCUUCCAUUAGCUGUGAUGGAAGCCAAAUGCCUCCUUCAACAGAAUAUGAUUCUGCCCAAGCCUGCAAUGACUUGCCACCUUGUCUUCCUCUACAAGUUCUUCCGGAAAAGCAGUGGCCUUGCUCAUGCACACUGGCCAAGCAGUCUCCUCAUAUCUGUGUGUAUGAGGGGUCAGUUAAGAGGAGAAAUUGGAAGGAGAAAUGGAUUCACAUGGACAAACUCAAGAACUUGUCUCACAUUGUGAGUAAAGGACCAGACUCCUUUGAAAUGGAAGAGGUCCAGAGCUUUGAAGAAGAAAGUGGCAACCCUCUUAACCUGACAUCAGGAAUUGCAGGCACCCGAGUGGACAGAACAAACAGCUGUCAGUCUGACAGCAGUGGCUUUUUGGAAGAGCUGCCUGAGCCCCACGCCCUCCAGGUGACAGGCAGCCAGAGUCCCACUGAAUGUAGAGGUAGAAAACCAAGGGACCAGAAUCAUAGCCCAGCAUCAUGGCAAGACUCUCAGGAAGAGUUACAUGACUAUAAAUCCAAGAGCUUGGUGACCCCAUCUUUGUUAAACCAAGAAAGGAGUGUCUCAGGAGGAAAGAUCUCAGCAUCUGUGGUGGAGGAAGAGCUCCAACCCAAAGCCAUGGAAGGACCACCAGAGAUAGUCAACCCAGACACCAGCCUCACCAAGGCCAUCGUGGUCGAAGAACACCCAGGGAGUGUUGUUGGAGCUGUUACUUCUACGUACAAAAACACAAUGGGGGCUAUGGUGACUUAUGUCACAGAAAAGGAAAACAGCUCUCUGAGGCACCAGGGGAAUGGGAAAAUGCUGAUACAAAGGCACUGCUUUGCGUCACCAAGGUUAUUCAGGAUUGAUCAGACUCCAGACAAUUUCUAUCAUGUGGACUCUGAGAUCACAGGAACAGAGGGCAGCAGCAAUGUCUGCCCUGACACUCACCAAAGCUCACUGGUACAAGAGAGGCCAGCACAGCAUUCUCACCAGCACACACGAGCCAUGCCCUAUAAAGGUGACCUUGUUCAAAACUCUGAGAAGUCAAUUCUCCACCUUGAUCAGCCACCUGGAGACGUUCCCACUGACUCAAAUGCUGCCAGCUCUUGGUCUGUGACAACCCAGAUGUCCUCCAAUCUGGUGUCAGAUGCUCAGAGUGUUGCAGACAUGGAGACCUGUAAUAAAGGAACAGCUUUUGAGUGCACUCCAUGUGACCCUCUUAAUACCACAGACCUGAGACUGCAGACACAAGCAAGGCAGGUCAAUGAUGUUGCUGUUCAGACUUGUGUGUGUGAGUGCAAGUCAAGGCCCUCUGAUAAUGCUUUAAUUCAUGCACCCUGGCCCCUCACCAAAUCCAUUUCUUUGGAUGCAGAUUUUCCUAGCACCUCCCCAACAGGCAUCUGCCACAUCAUACCUGCCCACUGUUGUGUCUGUUGUAAUCACUGUUCCAAUUGCCAGGGGAGGAGGCAAAGCCCUGGCCCAGAAUGCUCUACUUGCAGGCAUUUCCUGUGUUCGUAUGCAGAGGAUCCAGAAGCCCAGUUCAUGAAGACAUUGAAAGUACUUCAGGACACUACUGUGAGGGACCUGUGUUCUUGCACAGUCUAUGAAAUGGAAACCAUGAAGAUGGUGUGCCAGAGUUUCCGGGAGCACUUAGAGGAAAUCGAGCAGCACUACACGGGACAGCAGGCACUCUUUCCCAGGGACAUGUCAGAAGAGGAAAGGGAAGAGGCUGAGCACCUGAGGACUUUACGGGAGGCCCUGAGGCAGCAAGUGGCAGAGCUGGCAUUUCAGUUAGGAGACCGAGCUAGGCAAAUCAAAGAAGGGAUCUUACUGCAGCUAGACCUUCUCUCAGAAGAGCUACCUGAACACUAUGCAAAUCUGCAACAAUGCAACUGGACAGAAGGAAAACAUGGCCAGAGAUCAUGUGUUCAAACCCACACAGUGGUUCCUGAGCCUCUUCUUCCUGCUAGCUGUGAGCAGCAGACUCCCUGGUCCAGGGAGACUCAGCUAGUUUCUCUUGGUCUCUCCGACCUUGGGGCCAAAGGUGGAAUGUCCCUAUAGACACCAGCUAUGACAGAAUCAUGUCCAGGUCCUUCAUCAAGUUAUAUUGGAGAGAAAUCUGUGUUAGACAAGAAGGGUUUGAUGACUUCUGUACAAAAUGGAAGGUCCCAGAACAGUGGUAACAAGGGAAUCCAAAUACUAUGUACCUAUCUACUCUAUGAUUGA